CCUUAGAGCUAGAAAGUCCGUGCUAACAUCAUGUCGUCCGUCGAGUUUGUCUCUUGACACCGAACAAGACGCGAUAAAACCCUGGACACUUUAAUGUUUUUGACAGAAUGAUGGAAUUUAACCGGGAUGUGUCGUUUUCCGCGCUCUGCUGAGCAUUUGUGUCUCCGGUCCAGCGGCAACAAUAACAACACAGCUGGCUGAAAAGGAGCGGUUAACUGCCCGGAAGGAGGCCGCCGCAGCACCGGGUGGAGAUUUAACUUUUUUCUGCUCCAACAUCUGCACAACGUAAAGUCUGCAGGCUUAACAUACACUGAUAUUUAAGCGAUUUAUUUCGGAAUGGAGUUGGGAAUAUGCAAAGAAGAGUGCUUGGCAACCGUAAGAGGUCAGGAGCUGAGGUCUGGCCAGAAGGAGCCCAGACUACUGUCACUAAUUGAACGCAGUGGAGUGUUUAUAUUGGGUGUUUUGGCCAACCCUGAGGCUGUGGUGUCUCGUCCAGUGGCCCAGUUGUCCAUACCCAUUAAUGAUAAGUUUGUAAUUGUGAGAGAAGCUGAGGAGGCGCUGCUUAUUGACCUCUCUAUAGAUUCCUGUGUUAAACUACGAAUCAAGGGCGAAAAAGCACCAGAGCUGCUGCUGGAACUUCAGGAUGACGACCGGACUCAACUUUUCUUAACCCAAGUGAAAAGUGUUCAGCAACAAGUUGCAUCCAAACUUCUUAAGCCUAAAGCAACACCUCCAGGAGCACCAGCCCCUGUACCACCCAAAGGAGCACUCACUAUGGGUGGUGGAGAAAAUCCAGCCAACACUGGAGGUGCACCGCAAGCUGUCAACAACAGCACUGCAACAAAUCAUAAUCAAACUGAUCCAGUACAAAUGCUUGCAGAUUUUGGAUUUGAGCCGAACGUCAACAACGCUCUCAAAGUGGAAGAGAAGAAAAAUCAACAGAAUCGCUUUGUUGCCUCCAGGGAGCCACCUCCCAUUCCCUCUCUACCUCCUCGCAAAGCCUCCAUCCCGCCAUCAAGUCCUCUUCCUCCUCCACCCAUUCAGAAAGACAAACCUGUCUCUGUACAGGCCAAAGGCAGCUCUGCAGUAACUAGCACUAAGCCAGAUAGUUCAAGAUCAGGAUAUGACAACAUGAACCAGCCUUGGUGUGAAAGUCCCACCACAAAGACUAUGUUAUCCAGUCCAUCAGGACAAAGAGAAUACUUUAUUAAACACCGCCUGGGAAAGAAGGAAAAAGAGUAUGUGGAUAUCAAACACUUCAGUUUCUUUAUAGGUACAUGGAACGUUAAUGGCCAGUCUCCAGACAGCAGCCUUCACCCUUGGCUUUGCUGUGACACCGAAGCUCCUGAUAUUUUUGCCAUCGGUUUUCAAGAGCUAGACCUGAGCACAGAGGCUUUCUUCUACAUGGACUCGUCCAAAGAGCAGCUGUGGAUUGAAGCUGUGGAGAGGAGCUUGCAUGCAAAAAGCAUGUACAGGAGGAUUCGGACCAUACGACUUGUUGGGAUGAUGCUUGUGGUCUACGCCAAGAAGAUUCAUAAGAAAUACAUAAGUGAAGUGGCUGCAGAGCAUGUGGGGACAGGCAUCAUGGGAAAAAUGGGGAACAAAGGAGGUGUGGCCGUGAGGUUUGUUUUCUAUAACACCAGCUUCUGCUUCGUCAACUCCCAUCUAGCUGCACAUGUGGAAGACUUUGAACGCCGUAACCAGGACUAUAGAGACAUAUGUGCUCGUAUGACUUUCCACCUGCUGGAUCAACCCCCUCUGAGUAUCGUCAAGCACGAUGUGGUGAUUUGGCUCGGGGACCUAAACUAUCGUCUCUUCCAGUACGAAGCAGCUGUGGUCAAACAAUUCAUUGCUCAGAAAGCCUUGAAGAAGCUACAGGAGAGUGAUCAGCUCAACAUUCAGAGGCAAACAAAAAGAGCCUUCACUGACUUCAAGGAGGGAGAAAUUACCUUUGUUCCCACCUACAAAUAUGACACAAAAACAGACCAGUGGGACUCGAGUGGGAAAUGCCGAGUCCCAGCUUGGUGUGACAGAAUCCUGUGGAGGGGCAACAGUGUUGAGCAACUUAAGUAUCGGAGUCACAUGGAAAUGAAAACAAGUGACCACAAGCCUGUCAGCGCCCUCUUUAAGAUAGGGGUGAAAGUCCCGGAUGAGCAGCGCCGCAAAAAGGUGUUUGAGGAGAUUGUUCGAGCCAUGGACAGAAUGGAGAACGACUUCCUUCCAUCUGUGUCUCUGACCAGCAUAACCUUUGCAUUUCUGGAUGUAAAGUUCAGGCAGCUUCAGAAGGAGCGCUUCCUGAUCAAAAAUGAUGGGCAGGUACCCUGUCACUUCGCCUUCAUCCCCAAACUCAACGACGCACAGUACUGCAAGUCUUGGCUGCGUGCCGAGCCCAGCGAUGGAUUCUUAGAGCCCAAUGAGACCCUGGAGAUCUAUCUGGAGGUGUACGUCAGUAAAGACUCAGUCACGCUGCUGAACUCUGGAGAAGACGCCAUAGAAGAUAUUCUGGUGCUUCAUUUGGACCGUGGCAAGGACUACUUCAUCACCAUCACUGGCAACUACCUGCCCAGCUGCUUUGGCACGUCGCUGGAGACUCUGUGCCGCAUGAAGAAGCCAAUCAGAGAGGUCCCCGUUGAAAAGCUCUGCGACCUGGGAGAGGACAGCUUCAUGGAAAAGGAAAGGUCUAAGGUGAACUUCAUGCUGGUGGAUGGGGCAGGUCCUGAGGACAAACCUCUAAAGAUCCCCAAAGAGGUGUGGAUCCUGGUCAACCACCUCUUCACCAAGUCCUGUGACCAAGAGGACCUGUUCCAGACACCAGGAUUACAGGAGGAGCUUCAGAGUAUCAUCGACUGUCUGGACACCAGCAUCCCAGAUUACCUACCUGGCUGUAACCACUCUGUAGCUGAGGCUCUGCUGAUCUUCCUGGAGGCCCUGCCGGAGCCUGUUGUGUGUUAUGAACUCUACCAACGGUGCCUAGACUGUUCUCAUGACAGCCGCCUCUGCAAACAGCUGGUCACCCAGUUGCCCCGAGCUCACCGCAACGUGUUUCGCUACCUGAUGGCCUUCUUGAAAGAACUUCUGAAACACUCUCACAAUAACAACCUAACGGCUAACCUCGUAGCUACCCUCUUUGCCAGCCUCCUCAUUCGACCGCCUCCCAACUUGGUGGGCAGGCAGACGUCGCACGACCGACAGAAAGCCAUCAACUUUAUUCUGGGUUUCCUCAUGGCCGGAGAUGAGGAGUAACUGAGGCUGAGGAUUCCUCACCUGGACCCGUAUCACACUGUGUAAUGCUCUGCUUUGUUGUUCUGUUACCUGCUGGAGACCAGUGCAGCCAUGUUUUACCCUCUCUGGCAUCAGAGGUACCCCAGACUUUAAUUUGAACUUACAGCAGGUGUCAUAUCUUCAGUUUUUACACGGAUCGACUCGUCGCUGGAUGUGGAAGCUUUUGGAAGAAGUUUGAACUGAUGCUUUUGCACUUUUGUCUUGACCUAAAGGAUGUGUGCUGCCUCCUCGCUGUCAGCUGACGCUUCUUGUUGUAGGUGCUCAUGCCAAAAUAACUCCUGAAUGGUGAGAGGCACGGAUGUAAAAACACUACGAGUCCAUGACGGCUAAAAUAAAGAUUUAGUUACACUAAA